AUGGAUCGUUAUGAAAAGUUAACACGAAUUGGUGAGGGUGCAUACGGUGUCGUUUUCAAGUGUCGUCAUCGUGACACUGGUGAUAUUGUGGCCAUUAAAAAGUUCACCGACUCUGAGGAGGAUCCGGUGAUUCACAGGAUUGCUAUGAGAGAAAUACGAACGUUAAAGCAAUUGAAACAUCCGAAUCUGAUCAACUUGAUUGAAGUGUUCAAGCGAAAACGUCGACUUCAUUUGGUAUUCCAAUAUGUGGAUCACACCUUGCUACACGAGUUGGAACAAAAUCCAAAGGGGUAA